CGGUCCGCGCUGGCCGGGGCAGGUGCUGAGCGCGCAGUCAAGGCCGAGGCGGGGUCGGGGCGGGACGGUGGGGACUGCUGCUCGCCGGGGCAACUGCGGCCCGGAGGUCGUGUCUCCACGCACAGCCGUGGUUUCAGUCUUGCUGGAGCCUGAAGAUGCUGAAAGAGCGUCAGGAGAUGGCAGAAGAUCCUCAGCAGCAGAUGGGCCUUCCGGUGGUGAAGCUGGAGAAAGAGUUGCCCUGGGGCAGGGGCGGGGAGGACUCUAGCCCCGAGGCAUUUCGGCUGAGGUUUCGCCAGUUCCGCUACCAAGAAGCCGCUGGUCCCCAGGAAGCCCUCAGGGAGCUCCAAGAGCUGUGCCGGCGCUGGCUGAGGCCCGAGCUGCACACCAAGGAGCAGAUCCUGGAGCUGCUGGUGCUGGAGCAGUUCCUCACCAUCCUGCCCAGAGAGUUCUACACAUGGAUUCGAGAACACAGCCCAGACAGUGGCAAGGCCCUGGUGGCUGUGGUGGAGGACCUGAUGGGGAGCACGCCGGAGGCCAAGGCGGCUCCAUGCCAUGCCCAGGGAGAGCAGCUGCUCACAGCUCUCGGCGGAGGAUCUUGGCAAUCAGGCAUCCACUUGGGGCCAGUAGAAGUCAAGCCUGAGUGGGGGAUGCCCCAGGCGGACGGAGUUCCGAGUCUAGGCCCAAGCACCGCAGAACAGCUGAGCCAGGCCCCUGGAGACGGGACACAGGCCUUCCAGGAGCAAGCACUGCCCAUUCUUCAUGCGGGGCCAGGUCUUCCCUCUGUGAGCACCAGAGACCAAGAGAUUGCUGCUGGCUUCCUUGCAGCAACAUCCCAUGGUCUGGGGCCAUUUAAAGACAUGACUUUGGCUUUCCCCGAGGAGGAGUGGAGGCACGUGGCCCCAGCUCAGAUCGACUGCUUUGGAGAGUAUGUGGAAUCACAGGACUGUGGGGUCCUUUCAGGUGCUGGCAGCAAAGAGAAGGAGGCCAAACCCCAGCAGGAAGACCUGAAGAGAGCAUUUGUUGGGUUGACUUCCGAUGGGUUUGGAGAAGCUGCCAUCCAGGUUCCUGGGCCAGGGGGCGCCUGUGAGCAGGAGCCUGGGGGCUCUGGGACCAGUCUGCCUGGCCUGCCUGCUCCCCAGCAUGGGGUCCCACUGCCGGGUGCCCUCAAUGCCCACAGUUCUUUCUGGAAGCCUUUCCAGUGCCCUGAGUGUGGAAAAGGCUUUAGUCGGAGCUCCAACCUUGUCAGGCACCAGCGAACCCAUGAAGAGGAGAAGUCCUUUGGCUGUGUGGAGUGCGGGAAAGGUUUCACCCUGAGAGAGUACCUCACCAAGCAUCAGAGGACCCACUUGGGCAAGAGGCCCUAUGUGUGUGGUGAGUGCUGGAAGACCUUCAGCCAGAGGCAUCACCUGGAGGUGCACCAGCGCAGCCAUACGGGGGAGAAGCCCUACAAGUGCGCGGACUGCUGGAAGGGCUUCAGCCGGAGGCAGCACCUGCUGGUGCAUCGCAGGACGCACACCGGGGAGAAGCCGUACACCUGUGAGUGUGGCAAGAGCUUCAGCAGGAACGCCAACUUGGCGGUGCAUCGGCGGGCGCACACUGGGGAGAAGCCCUAUGGCUGCCAGGUGUGCGGCAAGCGCUUCAGCAAGGGGGAGCGGCUGGUGCGGCAUCAGAGGAUCCACACAGGCGAGAAGCCCUACCACUGCCCCUCCUGCGGCCGCAGCUUCAACCAGAGGUCCAUCCUUAACCGUCACCAGAAGACCCAGCAUCGCCAGGAGCCCCCGGUGCAGUGAGUGCCGUGGGGACAGCUCUGCCGCAGGGGCGACUU